CGCGACGAUAUAAUCAACAUCGUUUUGGCCAUAUACUUCAAGAUCCAAGAGAUAGAACAGACGCGAGACGACCGCUUAGAACCACCAGCGCGCAAUGGCGACUUCAGGUGACACCGGGACCAGCCCUGCGGAGGUGGCAGCGGGCCAGAAAAUGGGCUUGAGAAACCCCAAGAAGCUCAUUGUCUGCUGCGACGGCACAUGGAUUGACCGUGACAAUGGAUGGAAGAAAGGCUCUUGGGGACAACCCGGGAAGCUUCAGAAUCCCUCCAAUGUGACGCGAAUCGCGCGUGCCAUCAAAUCUGAAGACGACGACCAUCACCCGCAAAUUGUUUACUACCAGGCCGGUCUUGGGACUGGAAUUGGUCUGUACAAUCAUUUGGCGGGUGGUGGACUCGGAGUCGGCCUUUCGGAGAAUAUCCGGGAGGCAUACGCUUUCCUUGCGUCGAAUUACUCGCCUCGUGAUCCCGCUCAGGAGCCCGACUCCAUCUUCCUGAUGGGCUUUUCUCGCGGAGCUUUCACGGCGCGUAGUCUCGGUGGUUUUAUCGCGGCGGUGGGCAUCCUGACGAAAAAGGCUCUGCCACAUUUCUACGAGUGCUUCAUGGACUGGGAGCGGGCUGGCGAUGAUGAUCACGAGCCGAUGUUCAUCAAUGCGUACGUCCAAGCGAACCCGGACCAGGAGAUCGACGCCAGGAAGAACCAACCCCCGAUUGCGCUCGCACACGACAGGAGUGAAGCGGGGAUCGACAAUUACAUGUUUGAAUACCGCAAACAUCUUCUGUCCCUCGGUCUGACUCAGGAGGCUGAGAUCGAUGCUAUCGGCUGUUGGGACACUGUUGGCGCGCUCGGCAUUCCCAUCAACCCAAUUUUGCAAGAGACCUUCGGCUUGCCGGCGUUCCUCCGAGAUUACCGAUGGUUCGACACCCGUCUCGACAUUCGUGUUCGCCAUGCUUUCCAAGCGCUCGCGCUCGACGAGCAUCGCGCGCCAUACUCUCCUGCAGUCUGGGAAUUGAACUCGAAGAACACCACGACUUUCCUCAAACAAGCCUGGUUUCCCGGCGCCCACGGUAACAUCGGUGGCAGCGUCGACGACAACGGCACAGCAGACCUCACCCUCGCCUGGAUGAUGGACCACAUGUCCGGCAAGCACCUUCCCGAUCCCUCCAAAUUCCAAUCCCGUCACUGGAUCCAAUUCGACGACGCCUACAUCGACCUCUGCUUCAAGCACACGACCAACUACUACAACACCCUCCCGGAGCCCCUCUCGACCGUCUACCGCGGCUGGGCCAUGGGCAAACUCUACAACACGCUCACCUUCCCCCAGAACCUCGCCGGGAAACGCUUCCGGCGCCCAGGCCGCUACCACAAGACCGACUACGUCACCGGCCGGAUCAAGCCCGACCAGCUCCUGCACAACACCCGCGAGACCGUGCACGCCAGCGUGCGCGCGCGCAUCGCCCUCGGCGGCCGCGACAUCGAGCCGCGGGUGUUCUACCAGAAGGUCGUCCACCGCCUCUGGCAACUCAUAACCUUCAGCAAAACCGUCCCCAAAUACGACCCGCAACGGCCCAGCGCGUUGUUCCGCCGCGCGGGGCCCCUCGCCGGCUGGCGCCUCUACGCCGGCGACACGGCGCAGCCGAAAGUCGCGGAUUUGGAAACCCUGCCCAUGACGCCGAUCAGCCCGGUCGACGGCAAGACGUUCGGCGAGCAGCUGGCUUCGGCGACGGCGGGGACCAGGCCGGCGGUCGCGCCCAUCGUGUGGAAGUAUCAGGGCGACGAUCGGCUGCAUGAGGACGUCCGGGAGUUACCCGAGGACGUUUUCGCCCCGGGAGGCUACGAGCAGAGAUUGCUCGAGCAUGAUCGCGUCGCGACCCAGGUCGUCCUGCCGCCGAGCCAGUGGAGGUGGUUGAGCAAAGGGCCGCUGAGGAGGCUGUUCGCCAGGACGUUCUGAUGUGUUUGCGAUGAUUGUGUGGAGAAGGAUGGUGGGGUGGGAGGAAGGAAGUCGAU